AUGGCUACAGUCACGCAAGUGCCCGCUGUAGAAAGACCUGUUUUGAAACCCACAAGAUCAAUGACUUACCCACUUCGCGAUCCCAUGGGCAAUACGGCCAAGCGGAGGGCCAAGCCGGGAGAGCCAUUCGACGCAGAAGACUUGAGUCGCCGGCUAACAGCUCACCUGGCCGAGCAAAAAAUCAAGGUUGAGCGACGACGUGAGGCCAGAGCUUCCAAGGUUACUGAGUCGAAUGGAGGGUACCAUCACGUGCCAAAGGUAGCGGCUUCGGCCUUCGAGAGGACGGCCACUCCAGUUGGUAACACGCGGCAGAUGCACAAACUAUCUCAGCCCAUUCUCAAAGCACAUCUGGAACACCCUCGCGAGAAGCACAUUCCCGGACAUCCAUCCAUCAAACUCAAGGAAACCCAGGCCAUGGAUCAAGCAAUGAUUGAGAGGGAAUUGCUUAGGAAUCGCAACCCGUUCCAAUGGACUCACGACAUGGAAGAAGCUUUAGAAGUGGAUGUUGGGCGUGAUUUAUACAAGCCACCACAGCGGACGUUCAAUAUACCUGAAUUCGCCCAUUUGAGAGGGACCAAGGUUUCAAACGCUCUUCGCCCUUUAAGCAUGGGCGAUGUCUUUUCAGACAAAGAGGUUCCAAUAGCCCCAAGGGCGAGACAAAAAUCAGCAUUCGAAGCAAGUGACAGAAACGACUGGGCACAGCGAGAUGAGGAGAGUGAGAUUGGAAGACAGAAGAGGGAGUGGGCGGGUGCUUUCUUGAGGAAAAAAGAUUCGAUUUGGAUUUUGGGUAGCAGGAAGGAAAAGAGUAAUAGACAGGAUAAGGAAGCUGUUGCGGGUACUAGGGAUUUUGGAUCACCUCCAGUUAAGAAGGGGAGAUUUCUUGCUCGGUUUAAGCGCCAUCCUAGUUAA